AAAAACUCUGUUUCACACACACAAACAAAUCCACAUGCAUAGAGUCAGCUGUCGGCCGAUUAAAACGUUUGCCAACACUAAGCGCUAGUCGGUUCAAGAAAAACAGAAAGAAAUUGUUUUCAUUGCCAAUUUAUUGGAAUUUAAGGCAAGAUGUCUCUGACGCCGUUCCUGCGCCUGCCCCUCACGGAUCUGACCGGCUGCCUGAUUAACCAUCAGACCUACGACAAAUGUGGAAAAUUUGAGAUGAAAAUGAUGGACUGCUUGGAGGCUUACGGUCUGGAGCGCGGCAAAAAAGAGUGCGCCGAUCUGAUAUCCGACUUCCAGGAGUGCGUGGGCAUGAAUAAGCAGCUCUUGCGUUUCCAUGCCAUGAGGAACGAACGCUACAAGCAGUGGCUGGUGGGAGAGCGCAAGAGGUCCGAACUCCAUGCUGAGCCACCACGCGUGGAUGCCUAUUAAGAGGGAGAUCAAUUUCGUGUAAAACUUCAUAUGAAUAGGCGCAAAUUGUAUACAAAAUAAACAAAAUUAUAAAA